GCUCGCUCGUGUGUGCACGUGGUGUUGUGUUUUAUGUGAAAUAAUAAUUUAUCAAAAUGAAAAUAAAAAGUGCAACAAAAGUGUUAAGAGAUAAAGCUCUUAGAAAAGCUGUGUCUAAUAAGACAAGAGUUUCAAAAAGUUCUGGUGAAUCGGCAUUAAAAAAAGCUGUGAAAAAUGUGAAAGAAGUUAUUGAGAAAAAACAAAUUGAAAAUAGAUCAGCAAGAGAUAAGUUGAAAGAAUCACUUAUUAAGAAAACUGCAAGAAAGAAGCUUCCAUUUACUUUUAAAAAAGGGGUUGUAUACCUUGGUCACAUACCACAUGGGUUCUUUGAAGAACAAAUGAAAGACUUUUUCUCACAAUUUGGUAGAGUUACCAGAGUAAGGCUUGUAAGGUCUAGCAAGACUGGAAGAAGCCGUGGUUUUGGUUACGUUGAAUUUGUAGUUCCUGAGGUUGCUAAAAUAGCAGCAGAAACAAUGAAUAAUUAUCUUAUGUGUGGUAGAUUAAUGAAAGCAACAUACAUACCACCAGAGAAACAACACUUUGGCUUCUUCGUUGGAAAAAGUUGGUCACAGACUGCAUAUCCCACAGCGAUAAAUAGAAAGAAGAUAACUGCUGAUAGAAAUUCCAUAAUAAGUGACAAUAAGCACAAACAGUAUAAGAAGAAAUGUUUACGAAAUCUCACAAAGUUGGAGGAGAAGUUAAAAGCAAAAGGUAUUGAUUUAAAAUUCACACCAGUGGUUGACUGUGUCGAUGAACAGACAUAAUGGGGUUUCAUAUUUUAAUUCUUUAAUGUGAUUUUCAUUAAUAUUUUAUUCAUUUUUUUUUUUUGGUUCCUUACAAAACUAAUUACAACUUAAAUUAAUACAGUUAAAUAUUAGAUCAUUUGUUUUAAGUAAUGUACAAAUUUUUGAAAAGAAUUGACACAUAACUUAUUACAAGUAAAAAUUAAGUAACAUUAGCUAUUAUGUACAAUUAAAUAUGUGUAUGUUGUAAUAAU